AUGUACGACUCCGUCGAAGAUAGUCUUCCUGAUGUCGAACAAACCACAGUUGAUCCUUUGGAGGGUCCUCUCUCACCGACUGGUUGUAAGAAAGGCUUGUACGACAGGCUAGACGAUCUUCUCGGACUUAUUGCUUCUGGCUGGCGUUAUCAUAUUUCCUCUACAGAUGGCGUCAAAGAGUCUUGGCUUCGAUUCGACAAAGCCACUGACAAAAUCUGCUCUUUAAUGUCAGCACUUGUUGGUCCACCUACUAAUGUCCGUGUCGAAGCAACUUCAAACACAUCUGUCAUCGUUCAAUGGGAUUUCGAUGGAGGACCUGUUGAUGGAUUUGUCGUCCGAUAUAUGCAUGAGCCAAACCAAAGAAGGGAAGACCGAUGGAUAUCACGGACUGUCCAAAAUUCCGCGACAAGGCAUCUCCCCAUCUCACAACUCACUGCUCACAAACCUUAUGCAUUCUGUGUGAUGGCCAUUAAGAACAAUAGACAAGGAGCUUGUUCCGAUCCUCCAACAAUCAUCAAGAGCGUCACUCCUGAAUACAUGGUGACAGAUCUUGAAGUUGUCUGGAAGACCAGUCAAUCUGUCAAUUUAAGAUGGAAGUAUGAUGGUCCUCAGCCUGUAGGCUUCUACUUCAAUCACACCGGACGUAAAGAAUAUUUCGAUCAGACGAUGACUCUGAAAACCAUGACUACCCCCGGUUAUAAGAGAGAAUUGGAUGGAGACAGAACUGAAUUCCUUCUCACAUCUCUACGACCAUACAUGCUUUAUACUUUACAUGUGGGAGUCUAUUCUCCAGCCACCAAAAGAUAUUAUUGGCCACAAGAGGUCGAAGUAAUGACAGACCCCACAGCUCCUCCUUAUGUAGCUCCACCAAUUAUAAUGGCCGGAGAUUAUAAAAACGGCUUGAUUCCUGUGCAUCUUCAGCCUUCUACGGAAGAAUAUGGACCCAUUUCCCAUUAUUGGCUGAUUGUUCUUCCAGGAAAUUUCACGCCGGAAAAUGUUAUGAAUUUGGAGCCAAUUAUGCUUCAGCGAUUGACAGAUGAGAAACGGAAGGCUCUGGCAAAGCAAAUCAGUGCUUCUCCAACGAAAAAGUUCAAACGGGAAGCUGAUUGGGUUGAUGAGGAUGUUAUUGAGAACAAAAGGAUGAGGCGGGAUAUUCCAAGCACAGCUUAUGUUACAGCUCGUUUAAAGCCUGAAGAUCUUCGAGGAAAUAAGCCUUUCAUGAUUGGUGAUGAAAAGAUGUACGAUGGCUUUACGAACUUCCCUCUCGAACCAAAUAAUAAGUAUAGACUGAUGAUGAGGGCUUUUGCUAAAGAAGAUAAAAACCAUCAAUUGAAACAAAGGCCUCCAAUGUCGGAAAAUCCUGCUAAACUCUAUAGCGAUUCGGAUUUGAGUGAGAUUUUCUCUACUCAAAGAGGGCUUAGAGGAAGCGGGAAAGCCGGUGGGAUGUGGCUUCUUGGACCCAUGAUAGCUCUUCUCAUUAUUGGAUUAUUAAUAGGCAUGCUUGUGUGCUGGUGGCUUCGUUGCAAUAAGAAGUCAGCUGGAAGAGGUCAUCGACAUGGAUCCAUCACUAAGGUUGCGUUAGGCGGAAAUAUCAUGAACGGCGGUCCGGGAGAAACUAGUAAACUUCUUUCAUCUGAUUACGGAAGGCCUAUAAUGAAUCCUUACGAGCAGAUGAAUUCAAGUGGAUGUAUGGAAUCCUCUCUAGACCUUUAUCCAAUGCCAGCAAGCCAUUCUCGGAUGGCAAAUUAUGGACCUGUUCCCGUACCAGUGCCUUGUCUUCCAACCAAUGGAGGAGUAAUAGCAAACCACUCAGUAGCACAUCCUAUCAUUCCCAUAACUGAACUUGCUUCUCAUAUCGAAAGACUUCGUUUGAAUAAUAAUUCUGGAUUCCAAAUGGAAUUCGAGUCUAUCGAAACAGGACAGAAUUACACUUGGGAUCAUAGCAACAUGGAUUAUAACAAACACAAGAACCGUUACGCAAACGUAGUCGCCUACGAUCAUUCAAGAGUUUCUUUGACAAAUGCCGAAGAAGUUUCUGGAGGAGAUUAUAUAAAUGCUAAUUACAUUGAUGGAUAUGAUAAGCCGAAAACAUACAUCGCCACCCAGGGCCCUCUUCCUGAAACGUUUGCCGACUUCUGGCGAAUGGUGUGGGAGGAAGGAUCAGCAACCAUCGUUAUGCUCACCAAUUUGGAAGAACGUUCAAGAGUCAAAUGCGAUCAAUAUUGGCCGACACGGGGAACUUCCGUAUACGGAAACAUUCACGUGACUCUCCUGGAGACCAUGGUUCUGGCUCAUUACACCAUGAGAACUUUACGAAUUCAAUGCUCUGAUGAGCCUGAAGUUCGAGAAAUUCGAUUGUUGCAAUACACAGCAUGGCCAGAUCACGGAGUUCCGGACCACCCUACUCCAUUCUUGAUCUUCUUGAAACGAGUAAAGACAUUGAACCCUCCAGAUGCGGGACCAAUCAUUUCCCACUGCAGUGCUGGUAUCGGAAGAACAGGAGCUUUCAUCGCUGUUGACAUCAUGCUUGAGCGUCUCCGUUACGAAAGUACCGUUGAUAUUUUCGGGUGUGUGACAGCUUUGCGUGGACAAAGAUCCUAUAUGGUUCAGACGGAAGAUCAAUAUGUAUUCAUCCAUGAUGCCGUCUUAGAUGCCGUAAAUAGCGGCUCUACGGAAGUACCUGCAGCCAAAUUACAUCAGCACUUAAUGCAAAUUCGCUCCAUGGAUGGUCAUGGAGUUUCCGGGAUUGAAAUGGAAUUUAGACAUCUUUCCACUCUCAAAUGGGCUAACACUCGAUGUGCAGUUGCCAAUCUUCCUGUGAAUCGUCAUAAGAACCGACAGAUUUCCGUUGUUCCAUUUGACAGCAACAGAAUCAUUCUGAGAGCCAUUCCUGGAGUAGAAGGAAGUGAUUAUGUCAAUGCUAGUUGGGUUGAUGGCUACAGAGAGCGUGGUGCAUAUAUCGCUACUCAAGCUCCAAUGGAACAAACCAUUUUUGAUUUCUGGAGAAUGAUAUGGGAGCACGAAUGCGCUAUCGUUGUCAUGUUAGCCGGCAAUAUAGAACUCAAUAGGGGAGAUUGUAUAGAGUAUUGGCCAUUGGAAAACGGAACUCAAGUUGGAAACUUGGUUGUUGAACCUCUUGCCGAAUACAACAUGCCGCAGUAUGUGAUGAGGGAGUUCCGGUUGAGUGACAUCCAAUCUGGCUUGUCACGAACUGUCCGGCACUUCCAAUUCACAGAUUGGCCAGAACAAGGGCCUCCCAAAUCUGCUGAAAUGUUCAUUGACUUCAUCCAACAGGUUCAUAGAACGAAAGCCCAGUUUGGUGCUGACGGACCUAUAGCUGUUCAUUGCAUAAGUGGAGCAGGAAGAACCGGAGUCUUUGUGGCUCUAUCGAUCUUACUGGAUAGAAUGCGUCUUGAACAUGUGAUAGACGUGUUCACAACUGUAAAGUUGUUGAGGACAGAAAGACAAAGUAUGGUCCGGGACAAAGAGCAGUAUGAGUUCCUCUACCAAGCAUCAUUGGAAUUCUUAUCAUCAUACGAUCAGUAUGCUCCAUCGUAA